UCAUAAAAUGACAGACGCAUGCACUAAAUAAGUAAAAACAAAACAAUGCCAUGUCUUUAAUAAUGUGAUUUAGAUUUAGACGGGUCAAUAACUUGAUAAAUGAUUAUUUAUUAUGAUUAAUUAUGAUGGGAAAAUUUCAGACUAUUCGUGAUCAUAUUUCUAUUUAUUUUAUCUUCAUUAUCUGAGCUUGAUCUAACGUGAGCUAUACGUUGAAGAAUCUUUAAACUACAUAUUUACACAAUAUGAGGAAUCUGGUCGUCUUUAAAGUGGGGUUUGGUAUCCUGCUUAUCAGCAUACUUUGCUCCAAGGUUUCAGGUCAGUACUCAGAGGAAGACGAUGAGGACAAUGAAGAACUAGACGUCGGACAGAAUGGUAACCUGACAGCAUCUGGAAAUUCCACUGGUCCAAUUUCCAACGCCACUCUGAACCGGGUCUUGGGCCAAAUCACUAAUGUGUUUUCGAACGUAGAGAAAUUGAACAUUACGGGAAUUGUCGAUGCAUCACUUGGAAUUAGGAAUGACACGUCUGUCCGAAAUUUUGUCAAUUCUAUAAUGGCGACUAUAUUUUGUAACGAUUUUUUGGCAAAUUACAAUAAUUGUGCACGUCUUAAGAAAAUGCAGUAGGCAGAGCAGACAAGUAAAUUAGAAUUACCAACUUAUGAAAUGACAAAUUAAGUGUAAUCCGCAUUCCAAUUCAAUGAUACAUAUGAUAUUUUAACCCCAGUAAUAAACACGCAAAAAAAUAAUCAAUUGAAAAUUGCUUAUCUAGUGUCAUAAAUACUACUAUUAAAUAUUCAUUUCUUGUUUCCUAUUUUUUAUGGGACAUUCAGAACCCUAAAUUAGGCGAUGAAGGUACUGUAGUUGGGUAACUCUGCUGUGCGUGCCCCGCAGAAACAGAAAGGAUUUAUGUCCCCUGCUCGGUAUAUCUAUGAAAUAGCGUUUAAAAUUUUUAGAAUAAAUUUCGUAAUAUGGUCCAUGAUGAUAAUGAUGACUUGCAUAUAAGAAUUUAUGACACAUGUAUUGGGUUAUACAUCGGUGAAAUAAUAAUAAUAAUAAAACACCUUGACGUAAUUUGGUUGCUGGUUGGCUCGUAGUUGGUUUGUACUAAAUACUACAAACUACGUAUGUAUAUAUGUACGUAUAAUAUGGUACUAUUUUAUCAAUGCAGGCAGAUAACAGAUUAUUCAUAACUCAAACCUUCAAUUCUCGUUACCACAAAAGAGUCCGCAUAUGUAUGAUAUUGAUCCGAGUUUAAUUAUUAUUGUUGUGUGAUGUGUGUGGCACAUUAUUUGCAAAAGUUCGCAAAUAUGGAAAAGAUGUUCCAGAUACUCCAGCAUUAUAACCUUGAGAUUUAAUAGUUAGUAACCGCACGCAGGCUUUUCACUCAAAAUGGUUUUCUUUUGUCGAAUUUGUGGUGGGAGAUUUAUGAGAUCAUUUAGGUCUGAUGACGACGAGAUACUAGUAACAAUUUGUGGCCACUUAUUUCACAAAAAGUGCUUAGAUGUUUCAUUUACGCAUCAGAAACUAUCUCACGCAACUUCGGGAACUGGUCCGUUCAGACGUUUCUGCCCUGCCUACCAAUGUACCAAAGAAAUGCCAGAGAAUGGAGUUAUUGAAAUUUCAACCACCGCACCGAAAAGCCCGAAAGGUGAUGAAAUUUCAGAGGACCACGAUGACACAGAGGCCAAGCUUACGAAGAAGGUUCAACUACUAGCCAUUGAAAAUGAUAAAUUGCAGCAGCAAGUCAGCAAGCUCGAAAAUGAAAAUGAAGGGUUUCGAGAAGUCAUUGACGAAAUUAAGGCAGAAUGUGGAGAAAUUGCAACCUUUCUAUUAGACAAUAAUAUGAUGAAAAAAGGGGACAGGGUUUUUUGGGCCACGAAAGAAAGAUCUCUAGCACCAGGUCGAAUUAUUGAAAUGAGAAGGAAAUUAAAUCCCUCAAAAUCACAAGAAAACUGCCCUUUCGCAAUUAUAAAAUUGGACAAGAAAAUAAUAAUUCCUUCAUUGGGAAUAGAACGUGAAACUGCAAUCGUACCAAUUUCAGAAGUUGUGACCUUCAAGUCUUUUUUUAAAGAUUCGUUCCACGAUUUUAGACAUAAAUUGUGGAAAAUAUUGGACGAAUCGAAAGAAAGAGCUACAGAAAUUGGCAGACAGCGACUUUUGAGGUCAAAGUUUCGAGAGAGUUGUCUCCGUUUGUCGAUGGACACUCCGGUUGCGCGUGUAUCACUAUCUGGGUCACACGAAGCAAUUGAUUCUAUUGCAUUGGACGAUUUGACUUCACCUAACGACGGAGAAGCACAAAAAGUUCUAAAAAGGGGAAAAAGGAUUUCUAGGGCCAAGUCCAUGUAUUUUGGGAUGCAUCGAUCUCAAUCGCAAGAUUUCGAUGAAAAGCAUAGAUCAACAUCUUGGACUACUCGUAGCAAUUCAAAUAAACCAUCCCCAUUGUCUGAAGAGGUGUUAUUUAAUAACCAUUCGAGUGAUUCAUCGUCGGUCAUCCAAUCUCCAACAUUUUCAUGCGGUCCAGCUGGUGACGACGAUGGAGGAACAGAGAACUACAUCACCGAGGGAGAAAAAGUUAUUUAUUAUGACCAGACGUCCCAGUUCCCUCAAACCGGAGAGGUGGAAUGCGUACUGAAAUACACGCCUUGUGCAAUCGUCAAAUUUGAUGAUUUGCCCGAUACGCAACAAAUUUUUAAAUACAGAACGGUUCCUUUAGUCCAGUUAUUUCCUUAUGCGUUAUCCAGCCCAGAAGAAAAGUUUAAAAUUGCAGAAUCAUAUGGGAAAAUAUACGAGUUUGUGCAGGAGCAUUCCGACAUGUUUAAAAAUUUUGACGAUGAUCCACAAUACAGUGAUGCACAUGAUGAUGAAGAGUAUUUUUCAACAAGUUCUGCAGAGGAAUUAGUUAUUGAUAUAGUUCAUCAAGUAUGAAUGAAACGAAUUUAUGUACGAACAGAGAAAAACAAAUGAAUUGAAAUUUGGGUUGUUUAGAAUGUUUCCUUCAUAUAUUUUGUGUCUCUCAAAGUACAAAAUAAUUGUGUGGCAUUUAGUGCAAGUCUUAUUUUGAUCAGUUUAACGCAUUCCAUGUUUUUUUUUAAAAUUAAAAUAUGACAGUAGUAGUUAUAUUGUCAUAAAAUCGAAUAAAAUCUCAAAAAAAAUAUCACUAUCUUUAUACAUAUGUACAUAUAUCAUAGCACUGAAUUUAAUUGAACUAAUUCAUGACGAUGGUAAACAUAAAAAGAUUGUGGAAAAACUGGCAUACUUAAAAAUGAAAUAUCAGUUUAUCAACAUAUCUGUCCGUUUCUUCAUUUGUCAAAAUAUUAGAGAUACAAUCUUGUAAUGAAUGCAAAUUACAGAGCGAAUUUUUUACACUGUGGUCUGACUUGUGUCACGUCAACUUGAAAAAAGUAUGCUUGCAUACAAAAUUAUGUUCCAAAAUAGUCAUCUCCAAUCCAAACAUCCCUCAUUAAAACUAGG